UUGGGGUAAAAGGACAAUAAAAAGCGUAAAGUUGUAAUGACAGCAACGACGACGGCAAGACGACUACUGGAAGAAAUCUUCGCGUCGAAGCGAGUCCAAUGCGCCAUUAGCCUCACGGGCGGUGGGGGCAACGUGUCUGGGGAGAUGCUGGGAACAUGUGGAGCGUCCAGUACGCUCUUGGAAGUGUCGCUUCCUUACUACCAGCAAAGUUUGGUCGAGUUCUUGAACUUGUCCCCGGACGUCGUCCAACGCGAGGUGCCGACUCGUUUCUCGUUCUCGAGCCAAGAGGUGUCGAUUCUGAUGGCAAAGAAGUCGCUGGAACGAGCUCGGGCGCUUGUGCCCCUGGACGAUGCGGCCAAAUGCGUCGGCAUUGGAUGCACGGCGGCGCUGGUGUCUCUGCAGCCGCGCCGAGGAAGCCACCGUGCAUUCGUGACGUUGUGCUCUAUCCAUGGCACGUACAACUUCAAUCUAAACAUGCAUAAAGGCGCGCGCAGUCGAAAAGAAGAAGACGAAUGUGUCGGGAACUUGAUCGUGUUGGCCUUGGCGAAAGCAGCGCGCGUGGACGGUGCAUCCCUCCAGACCGCCUUGACCGUCCAUGAACUCGACACAUUGACCGAACACGCAACGGAAUUCGACGAUUCGAUUCCGUCUUCGUUAAUGUCAACCAGUAGCAAUAGCACCACCACCACCAUCGCCUUGUUCCCCAACAACGUCAUCCUGCGCGACAUGCCGUGGAAGCACAUGCUCGUACUGCCCGGCAGCUUCAACCCCGUGCACCAGGGCCACUUAGAGUUUGCAUUGGCGGCGCAGCGCCUCCUUCAAUCUAUCGACAACAAGGUUGUGUACACACCGCUGUUUGAACUGUCGCUCCAGAACGCAGACAAGGGGGCAUUGGCGGACGUGGCAGACCUCUCCCGCCGCGUCCGCGCCCUCGUGGACACGCAUAACCAGCGCGUGGUGCUCACGAAUGCUUCCUUGUUCGUGGACAAAGCUGCGCUGUUCCCUUCGUGUGUGUUUGCAGUCGGAGCCGACACCGCGGUCCGCCUUGUCGACCUAAAGUACUACGGCAACGACCCUGCCAAGCUGUGGCUGGCGCUGGCGACCAUCUCGUCGCACAAGUGCCGGUUUGUCGUAGCUGGACGACUGGUAGAAGGGGCGUUUGUGUCCGCCCAAGACGCCGUCUCGAGGGUCCCCGCGCCCUUUGAGCACUUGUUUGUGCCUAUCCCAGAGUCCACGUUUCGACUUGACAUGUCUUCGACCCAACUUCGCCAGCAACAAUCGAAACGAAAUGCCCAAGUGUUGUAACGUUAUAAAGGGAGGAUUGCAUACUGUACUACCCCGGUAGUUUGAUAAUGUCGAAAUAAACACAUAUAGGCCCUGA